AGCCACGCACUACUAACGUUCUCUCCCUCUUACUCACACUCAUUCCAUAAUACGUCAUUCGCGACAACAAAACUGUUCCGAAAUAAACUGCGACUUCAGUACUUCAGUGACCGUGAGAGUGUAAAGUGUUGUGACUACUUGGUUAGAAAGUAUCCAGAAAAGAACAGAAAAUGUUUAACGCACGAACUCUCAGUGCCGCAUUAACGGCACUAUUGGUCAUUGUCGUCAUACCGGAUGUUUCAUCAUAUUCAAAAUAUGGAAGAAGCUGCAAAGAUAUUGGAUGUAGGAGUGAUGAAGUCUGCGUGAUGGCCGAGGAUCCUUGCACGCAAUACUCAAAUCAAUGUGGUCGUUAUCCAACUUGCAAGAAAACGGAUAACAGAGAAACCAGUUGUUCGAGUAUCAUUUGUAAUGAAAAUGAUUACUGCAGAAGUGAAAACGGCGUACCUAAAUGCGUAAGCAAGGUAGCAUCAAACGGAUUCGAAUCGGCUGGUGUCGAUAUUGUGAAUGGUCAACACGUCAGCAGUAGCGACAGUAAUAAACAUACGAAUACCAACACGAAUCCGUAUGCUAACGCAAAUGCACCACCAGCGCCCGUUGAUCCUGUACCCGGGGGAAAUGGUUAUCAUCAAGUAAACUCUGGUACCAAUCUAGGUUACCCUUCUUAUCCAAGCAAUGUAGGCUCUUCGAAUAACAACAAUGGUUAUCCACCAUAUCCGUCAACGAAUCGGGGAAAUAACCCACAAACUGAUAACCUUGGUUAUCCGCCGUAUCCAACUAUGAACAGGAUGCCGCAACCUGGUCAAGGAUAUCCUGGUCAAGGUUAUCCCCCAUAUCCAGGACAAUCUGGAUAUCCGCAAACAGGCUAUCCGCAACAACAGUAUCCGAACGGUCAACGAUAUCCAGUAGGACAAUAUCCUGGUUAUCAGAAUUAUCCGAAUCAGAACCAUCGUGGAUAUGCCUACAAUUCGAAUUCUGUAUAUCGUAAAAAUGGUAGCGUCGGACAGUCUGCAUCUUUAACGACCAUUUGCUUCAUUAGCUUAGCCUUGAUAUUUGUCAAUUGGUCGUGAUUAUAAAAGAUAUUUACUUAUUUUUUUUUUUUCUUAUUAUUAAACGGUGCAUUGCUAUCCUCUAUCCAAAAAUAAAUUCAUAUAACGUUCUAAGCGUAUUUUAUAAAACAUAUUUAUACGCGAAAAUCAUUUCGCAUGAAUUUUGAACGGAUUUAUUUCCUUUUAAUAUUUCUAAUAAAUUAUGAAGUUUGAUUAAGAGCGAAAUAGUUUUCAAAGUUUCUACAUAAAUGCAACAUGUACCUGACUACGUAUGAUUAUUUUUAUCUUAGAAAUUUGCUGUACAGUUUAAUUUAUAUACCAUGACAAUUUCAAUGUGCAACUUUUACAAAUGUAGUCGUAAUGUCUACCGUCCAAUUGCUUUAUUAAAUGAUUGCUGACUAUGCAAUGCACGGUGCCUUCGUUGUGACUCACAUAUUUAUAUGUAUAUGUAUACGUUCAUACGAAAACUAUUUAUAUGUAUAUACGUAGAUCAUCAAUACUCGUUUACAUAUAAUGGUUGGUAAAUUACAUUCAAUAUAUAUAUAUAUAUAUAUAUAUAUAUAUAUAUAUAUAUAUAUAUAUGUAUGUAUGUAUGUAUGUAUGUAUGUAUGUAUGUAUAUACACACAUAUACAUAUACAUAUACAUAUAAUAAAAUGUACUCUAAUAAUAAUUAAAAUAAUAUUCUUGUAGCAAUUGUUAAUAUUUAGUAAUAAUGAAUCUAUUUUUAAUGAUAUUUAUUAUGAUUAUUCUAUACAAAGCACAUGUGUCUUUUAAAUAAUUCUUUAAAGACGUGUAUAAAAAUGAAGUAUUAAUAUAACAAAUUUUAUCUGCUUUGCUUAUAAUUUCAUCUUGUAUAUUGCUGCAUUUCUCUACAUUUUAAAAUUAUUAUAUAUUAUAUAUAAUUCUUUAUUCUAAUAUUAAUUUAACUUAUAUAAUUUAUGAUAGCAUACACAUAAAUAAAGAACAAAUUUAGAAUUGCCCAAUAUCGAUCUUAAAUAAGAUGUAUUCAUCUGAAUUGGAUAAAUCCUUGAUUUGACCUGAACAAAACAUUAACACCAUCCUUGUGAAUGUAAACAACAUAAAACAGGGUAUAUUUACUUUAUAUUACAUCAACAGCAUGCAGUUUUAACUAACUGUAACCAAACAAUUAUUUUUUAAUUUAACAUAAAAAUAUCAAUUGUUUUUAAAGAUUUUCUAGAAAGCAGUUAAUUAUUUUUGACUUGAUAGUUAACUAUAUUAUUUUUGACAUGUUUUAACAUAACAAUAAAUUUGUUGAUUAUCGAUCUACAA